AUACACAACAAAACGAUAGAAAUGCUGCGGUGAACAAAUAUAGAAUUGUUCAACCCUUUGUCAGUAGAUAAUUGCGCAAUUAUUUUGAUAAACUAAAGCUUACGCAACUGAGACAGCUAGGCGACUCGGUACUGUCAUUAUUUAUUCACCACCUGCGACUGUGAAUAGCGGGACUGGAGUCAUAGUGUCCAGUCUAAAUUCGAACCCCAGUCGAGAACUUAUAUUUCAUCCUCACAAGAACUAUAUAUCCUAUAAUAUAAUGCUCCUGCCAUACAGUUUUGGUGUUCUAUGGUGCUUAGGUCUAUGGCGUACAGAAAUAAUUUGUAGAUGGAGAUUAUGUUUACAAAUCAUGUACUCAUAUUUUAUGAUUAUUUUUAUCUACUCAGAUGCAUUAUUCGAGUCAAUUGCACUUGUUAAUAAUUACAAUGACUUUCAUCAAUUUAUUGACGGUUCAAUAGUUCUUUUGACAAUGAUUGGAGUUUGUGGUAAGAUAGCCAAUGCUGUUAUUAAACGCAAAGAAAUUUUGCAAUUGAUAAAUAUUCUAAAGACUGAUCCAUGUUUGUGUCAAAACGAUGAGGAAAAAAAUAUUCAAGAUAAAUUUGAUAAAACCAUAAAUUAUCGAACAUUAGCGUUUUUAGCAGUAACGGAAUCAGUUAUAAUAAUCUCAGUUGGUGUAUCAGUAUUACAGGAUACGCCAAAUCGCUCAUUAUUUUUCAAUACAUGGCUUCCAUUUGAUACAUCGACAAUUAUUGGAUACUGGGUUGCUUAUAUUCAUCAAGUUUUAGCUCACUUUUGUUGUGCAUUAGCAGGCGCUGCAUACGAUACUCUGAUACCUGGUUUAAUAAUUAAAAUUUGUUCUCAACUGAGUAUUCUUGAGUAUCGACUAAAAUUGUUGCCCAAAAAUAAUUAUUCUUCAGAGCCAUUGACUGAUAUUGAACAGAGGGAAAUUAAUGCUGUUUCAAAAUGUGUAAAACAUCAUCUAAAAAUUUUGCAAUUGGCUGAAAAAACGAACAAAGUUUUUAAUACCAUUAUGUUCGUGCAAUUUUCCAUAAGUACUUUUGUCAUAUGCGUAACAAUUUAUAGAUUAUCGCAAGUGGAAAUAAAUGAUCCAGAAUUCGCUGAAAUGGCAGUAUAUUUUAUUUGUAUGCUUGCACAAAUUUUUGGCACUUGUCUCGCCAGUACUGAGUGCAGUAUUAAGAGUUGUGAUAUAGCUACGGCAGUUUAUCAAACCGAUUGGUAUAACUUGAGUACUGCUACUCAAAAAAGUUUGUUAUUGAUAAUGACGCGAAGUUAUCGACCAUUACGAUUCAAUGCUGGAUACUUUAUUGAUAUAUCUCUUAACUCAUUCAAUCAACUGAUCAAACUUUCCUACUCAGCUUACAACGUCCUUCAAUAAUAUAUUUUUGCAUAUUAAUGAAAAUAGAUAUACUGCUAUCAUCUGAAAAAAAUAUUAGUAAAUUUAUCGUUCUCUUGUGACUUCGAAUACUUUUGAAAUUUUGAAGUCUAUCGAUUAA